CACCUGGUCACACUACAAAAUCAAAAAUCAAAAAAAGGUUAAUUUUUAUCUUCUUUAAAUCCAACAACAAAGAAACGUAACAAUUAGUCAAAAAAAUGAUGUUGAACAAAUACGAAAUUUAUCAACGCACAAACAACAUGUUCCAACAACAACAAUUACAACAACAUCAACAGCAACAACAACAGUUACAACAACAACAUCAACAGCAGCAGCAACAGGCAUCGCAGCAAACAUCGCUGCAGCUCUCCCACUCGCACCCGCACGCCAUAUCCUAUCUGGACAGCGCUGCCAGCAGCACCGUCGGCAGCACUGCAGCAGAACUGGCCGCCAUGUUGGCCGCCAGCAAAGCGGAAAGGGAGUCCAUACAUUCGGGUCAAUUUAUGGUCUCACACUUUGAGGCCGAGGAGGCGCAAGAUGAUCUGGAGGAUGAUGGCGAGGUGAAGAUGUUGGAUCCCGAGGAUCCGAGUCUCGAUAAGCCCGGCGCCGCGACCAAUACCUGCCGCGAUGUGCAGCUAUAUGUGCCCCAGACAGUGGCUCAUUUUCCACGCAUGGACCUGGAUCGCGAAUGCGAUGAUAAUAGCAUGGGCAUGAGCAUCACCUCCCACCUAGAGAUCGAGACGUCGCUGACCAAGCUCUUCAAAUGCAUGAAUCUGGCCUACAGGUAAAAACUGAUUUC